UCUCAACAACAAUCUAUAAAAACAAACAAAUUAUCUGCUUUAUUAAUAGGAGACUCUAUAAUACAAAAAAUGUUAGCAUCACUAAUAUCUAUAUCAAAUAAAUCUAAAGCGAUGAUUACUGGCUUCUCUUCAACAUCAUCAACAUUAUCUCAAUUUCCUGAAAUAACAGAUAUAGGAGGUAUUAAGCGUAAGAAGUCAGAGACAUUUGGUGAUUCAUCAACAAAACUAAUAUUGAUGUUCUUUGAUCUAACAUAUGAUCAAGUUGAAAUAGUGUCAUUAAAAGUACAGGAACGUAUAAACAAAUGGGAUUUUGAUCCAAUUCUUAAGUAUAAGGAAUCAUCGGAAAAUGAUAUGAUGAACUAUAAUAGUAUAACAGAGAAUAAUAAUAAAGAGUUUGCAGAUUUUAAUAAUCAAUCAAAUAGUUCAGAAGAAGGCAAUAAUCAAGAUGAAAAGGACAGUUCAGAUGAUAGUAACGAUACAGAAUAA